AUGGCUCUCGGCGUGCUCCUGCACAACCGCAGGGCUCAGCUCCUGCUGCUCAACUCGUUGACGUUCGGCCUGGAGGUCUGCCUGGCUGCCGGCAUCACCUACGUGCCUCCGCUGCUCCUGGAAGUGGGCGUGGAAGAGAAGUUCAUGACCAUGGUGUUGGGGAUAGGACCCGUCCUUGGCCUGAUUUUCGUCCCGCUGGUCGGAUCUGCCAGCGACCACUGGCACAGCAGCUACGGCCGAAGGCGGCCGUUCAUCUGGGUGCUGUGCCUGGGCGUCCUGCUGAGCCUCUUCGUCAUCCCGCACGCCAGCAGCCUGGCCAGCCUGUUCGCCCUCGACACUCGCCCGCUGGAGAUUGCCUUCCUCAUCCUGGGCAUCGGGCUGCUGGAUUUCUGCGGCCAGGUCUGCUUCACCCCGCUGGAGGCUCUGCUCUCAGACCUCUUCCAGGAGCCGGAUAACUGCCGCCAGGCCUUCUCCAUGUACGCCUUCAUGAUCAGCUUGGGGGGCUGCAUUGGCUACCUGCUUCCAGCCAUUGACUGGGGGGCCAGCUUUCUGGCCCCGUACCUGGGAGGACAGGAGACGUGUCUCUUCAGCCUCCUCGCUGUCAUUUUCCUUGGUUGUGUGCUGGCCACGCUCUUUGUGACCGAAGAAGCAGCUGCCCAAGCGGAUGCCCUGGAUGGGCCAGCGCUGAAGGAUGCUCUCCCUAAGCCCUCACCCUCUGCCUGCUGCUCUUGCCGGCUCUCCAGGAGCCUCCUGCAGGCCAGGCACGUGAUGCAGGCCCUGAGAAACCUCUGCACGCUGGUGCCACGGCUUCACAGCCUCUACUGCCGCAUCCCCAAGGUCAUCCGGCGCCUGUUCGUGGCCGAGCUCUGCAGCUGGAUGGCACUCAUGACUUUCAUGCUGUUCUACACGGACUUUGUUGGGGAAGGGCUGUACCAUGGUGUCCCCAGAGCCAAGCCAGGCACAGAUGCCAGGCGUCGCUAUGAUGAAGGUGUCCGGAUGGGGAGCUUGGGACUCUUCUUGCAAUGCGUCACCUCCAUCUUCUUUUCGACAAUCAUGGACCGGAUGGUGAAGCAGUUUGGGACGCGGGCUGUCUACCUGGCCAGCGUGGUGUUCUUCCCCGCUGCUGCCUUCGUCAUGUGCCUCUCCCACAGCGUCACUGUCGUCACCAUCUCCGCCGCUCUGACGGGCUUCACCUUCUCCGCGCUCCAGAUCCUGCCGUACACGCUGGCGUCGCUGUACCACCACGAGAAACAGGUAUUUUUGCAUAAAUACAAGAGCAAAGAGGAGAAAGACGCAGCUCGACCGGACAAGAAAUCGGCCUUCCCUAAAGGUCACCUUUCCAGCCAGAAGCUGCCUUACCAGAACGGACACGCUGGGGGCCUCUACUCCUCAUCCUCCUCUUCCUCCUCUCCCCCUGCUGCCAGCUCGGCCCUGUGCGGCAGCUCCUCCUGCGACGUCUCGCUGAUGAUGAUGGUGGGCGAGCCGGACUCGGUGCCCCAGGGCCGAGGGAUCUGCUUGGACCUGGCCAUUUUGGACAGCGCCUUCCUUCUCUCUCAGGUUGUCCCCUCUCUCUUCAUGGGGUCCAUCGUCCAGUUUACGCAGUCGGUGACUGCCUACAUGGUGUCAGCUGCCGGCUUCGGCCUCGUUGCCAUUUACUUUGCAACCAAAGUUGUCUUCGAUAAGAGUGAUAUGGCCAAGUAUUCGGUGUGAUGGGGAACGCACCGGGGCAGCGCGUGGGUGCCAAGAUGAGGGGGGGGGGUGUGUGUCCCCGUGGCUGCUUGUGGGAUGCCCCGUGUCGGGUGCUGCUGCUGGGAGCCCCAGUGCUGCUCUGGGGCUGGGGGUGGCGGAGGGGCAGCAGGGCUAAUCUCAGGUGUAAAUAGGAGGCAUCGGGGCACUGUGCUUUGGGCCAUCAGUGCUUUCCACAAGGUGCCUUUCUCAAAAGCAAGCACUGCACAGCCAGCACCAAAGGGGAUUUUGUCAGGGGGAGAAAGGAAUCGGGCUUUUCCUUUAGGAACGGGUGUGGGAUGGGGGGAAGAGCCACUGCCCCUCCUGCCUUCCAGUGAGGGAUGUGUCCUCUUCCCCCGCUUGCUGCAAUUCUACUCAACUUGCUGAGUAACGCUUCCUCAAAGAGGACACUGAGAGGAGAUCACCUUGGAAGAAGGAUGGGAGCUCAGGUUUGGCCGUGGAGCGGGAAGGGUGCGUGUGUCUCUGUUCUGACUGGGAGAAACCAUCUAGGAGAAAAGUCACUAUGGCUUGUUUUGGAAAAACAAGGAGCGUUUCCUUAGGACCGAUUCCAGAUCUUUUACCUAUGUACCAAGCUGCAUCAGAUGGAAAGGACUGCUGAAUCCUUUUUAUUUUUUUUUAGAGUGAUUCUUUUUAGCUUUCCUUCCAGUUCUGAAGAACUGACCUCUCCCUCAUUGCCCAGAACAGCAGCCCGCUCUCUCCCAGUGCUUCCUACCAGAUCCAAACUGUGUGGGCUCUCACACCUGGCCCCUGAACGAUGCUGCAGCAUCACGAGGGGGUGCUCAGUACUGCAGCGAGGGAGCAGAGCAGGCAGAGCUCUCCAGGAAGGCGGGCUGGGAACAAACGUACCUCAUCAAAUUCUUAUCUGCUCCAAGUGCCUCUCGCUCUUGUAACACUGGGACCAGUGCUGCUGGGUUGGUUGGCCCUCAGAUGUGAGUCAACUUCCACCAGCCCGAGACAAGUGCACCAGCUGCACCAAUUCUUCCAGCACAGCUCUGCCACUCGAAGAUCAGCCCUGCACUGAGUAGGAGUCAAGAUCCCGGCCUGCAGUCGGCACUUGGGCUCUGAAAUGGAGCAAGCAAUGCCCAGAGAGAGGCACGAAGCGGGCAUUUGGAAGCAGCGCUGGGGGCACGCUGGGGCUCAGCAGCCCUCAGUUUUGCCUGCUCCAAACCAAGUAUUUGUGACCAAUUUUCCGUGGAGGUGUGUGGGCAGUGAGACGUGCUGCUGAAGGGCAAAUUGACGCUAUUUUUGCAAGGUCGUGUCGGACUAUUCCUUAGCAUGGAAGCAAGAUUACUCCCCUGCUGUCUGCAGGCUGGUCCUGAGAGGGCUUCUCCUAACAGUUUUAAACAUAUCUUUCCCGUAAGGGGUGACUGUUUUUGUUUUAUUUCUCCUCAAAUUAUAUGCCUACCAGCCUCCCUUCCCCACAAGAAGGCCUGUGUGCUGAAAUGCAGCUGUUUUGGGAAUGGAUUUGGCAGCUGCGUAACCGCUGACGGAAGCGGUUUUUCAGUUGUGCUUCCGACCCUGGUCUCCGUCCGGCCCGAGCUCCAGGGGGACGUCCUGGAAGCAGAACGUCGUUACCAAAGGUGGAUUGCUUCUUGGCUGAAUGCUCCCAGGGAUCAGUCACCUCUGACCGAGGGUUUUCAAACAGGUCCCUGCCUGAGUGCUGGAACACUUUGGCAUUUGUUGAAAUGCCUGGAGAGUGCCUCCACAACACAGCCACGGUGUGCGGGUCGAGUGAUGAGGGCCCGGGAGGCUUCCUUAAGGAUAUCCAAGUGAUUCUUGAGAAAGCAAUGGGCUCAGGCGGUCGGCAGCCUUGUUUCAUAACAUCUUUUGGUUUGGAGCACGAGAGACAAAGAUCCUUAACUCAUACCCGUCCCUCAAGAGCGGAAGGCUGAAACCUGCCAGAUUCCCCAGCAGAGCUGCCCCCAUCCACAGAGGUGGCUUUGGAGUAGCGAUGUACCAGCGGCCAGGAGUAGUUUGGGGUGGCAGUGGGUGCAGCAGGCUUUGUGUCCCGGCCGAGCUGGAGGGCUUGGGGUCAGUCUGUGCAGGCUGGGUCUCAGAGCUCCCCUCUGCUCAGCCUCUGUGAUCUCUCCUCCCCAUCACUGCCCUGGGUUGAGGCCUUGGUGCCCGGAUCUCGGUGGCACGUCUGAUCUCAUACAUCCAGGGAGGUGCCUACAUUUACUUCAUUUAUGUUCUGAAAAGGCCAUUGAACAACUGAGCCCAUGGCUGUGGCCAGCUGCUCUUGCUGCUUCAUUCCAGGCGGGUGCCUGGCGUCACGCCUUGGCCUGACCUGAGAUGGUCAGUGACACAGCUCCAUCUCUGCAGAGACCUGGUCCCAUCUAACCAUCCAUUCGCACCCUUGCUGUGCUGCUUUUGUUCUAGUCAGCUCAACAAGUGUGAGAAGAGCUCCCUGGUUAUCUACCAAGAGACUCUGAUUUCUCAGCUCCCUCUUUCCCCCUUCUUUCCAUUUCCUCAGCUGGAGUGAAACCCUGCGGAUUCGGUAAUUGCUCCUUUCCUCCUUACCCUCCUAUUACACCAGGAGAAGUCUGCUGGGCCCUCUGCCAACCCCCAGCACAGUGGGCAGAUGGGUGCAGGGAGGAGCACUUGCCAAGACCCGAUGCUCUUUGCUAACCCUGUCCUCUGUGGGAGCCCAAGCCCAGAUGGAUGGGGGCUGUCUGCAGGGGAGCAAUGUAGAAAACUGCAGCGUGCGGUCUGGUCCCGGGUGGGCAGUGGGCAGGCAGGAGUUCAGGAGGGAGGGAAGACAAAGCUGUGGUGCAGGGGAGGAGGGGGAGAGAUUAGGGAAAGGGAAGGGGAGGAAGAGGUGAUUCAGGGAAAACUGGGCUUUGCAGCAGUGGGAGGGACGGGUACAUGUCAUGGGCUGGAACUGGGCCUUUGGCACUGUGCUGCCCUGGGUGGGUGGGAGUGUGUCCUCGUGGCCUUGGUCCACUAUAAAGCACUUCAUAGCUGCCUGUGCUCGCAGCCUUGUGAUGGCAUGAUCCCAGCCAUGUUGUGAGAGCAGCCGUAAAGUUUGAACUCAGGUCUUGAGCCAGGGCUGCCAUCAGCUGCCUCUCCCAGACCCAUAAGGGAUGCUGCAUUCACUGUCACUGCAAUGGCCCUGUCCCUCCUUCAGAUUUAGCUGCUCUCUAGCACAAUGCCAUGUGCUCUGUCAUUACCAAAAGACUUUCUUCCUGGUUCAGGCUGUCACUGAGGCUUGCAGGAGAGGUGUUUUCCAAGAUACGUGCUGAGAAACUCCUUUCUUUAUAAGAUUGUCCUUUCUGGGGAACUGGUGUGCUUCUGCUAGGACCAGCUCCCUAUGUCUGCGUCCCACACAGCCCAGCAGGGGACACAGGUAUGUUCUGGUAAAGGAAAGCACACCCCUUGUAUGCUGUUACUGAUCUAACCUGCGUGAGCACAGAAUUCGCCCUAGGACUUGAUCAUACUGUACAAUUUAUAGAUAUGGGUGCAAGCUCCUCAGAGGCUCUUGCUGGGAGCCCUUCUGUUUUCAGGUAGCGGGUGCACUUCUGCUUGGGUGAGCCACGCUGUGCCUCUCCUUUCCUUUUGCAAGGUGGUAAUUUUGGGAGCGAGCUGGGAUGGCGGUGGGGGGGGGGAAAAGGGAGAAUGUAUUUUCUAACGGGAGACGAUUGCCGUGGAUCUCCAGGCGAGGGCAGGGUGUUUGAUGCUGUUUUUUCUUUCGAGAUCACACACUGUCUGCAAGACGCGGUUGUCUUAUUUAUUCAGUAGAGUCAAUAUUUUGUAUACAAUGCGAGAAGAAGGCUAUUCUAAAUUUUUAUGUAAAGGAGGAAAUAAAAGGCGUUCCGACAGA